UGCUGAUCUGAGUCGACCAUUUUCGCAUUUUGGUAUAAAAGAAAAGAGAGGAAAAAACUUCUAAAACCCUUGAAAAAGGACAAGAAAGGAUUUUGUGCGGGGAGAGAUGUUGGCGAGGAGGUUUGUUUCCAUCUUCAAGACUUCUCCGGCAUCAAAGGCCUCCGGUUCUGCGAAGCAUGUAGAUGACGGAUUGAAGAAAUCCAUGGGUCGUAAGGCAGUUUCUUUUGUCUUAAUUACCGUCACAGGCGGUGUUGCUUUGAGUGCUCUUGAUGAUCUUGCUAUCUAUCAUGGAUGCAGCAGGAAGGCCAUGGAGAAAGCCAGCACAAACCAGGCGAUCAAAGAUGCUAUUGGGGAUCCAAUUGUUAAGGGUCCAUGGUACAAUGCGUCUCUUGCAGUUUCUCAUAGAAGGAAUUCUGUAUCUUGUACAUUUCCUGUGUCUGGACCACAAGGAAAUGGGGUCGUACAAUUGAAGGCAGUCCGCAAUGGAGAUGACAGCUGGUCUUCAUACUUUCGGUCGCGGGAUUGGGACAUCCUUAUCAUGGAUGCUCUCCUCCAUGCUCCUGGAAACGAGGAAAAACAGCAAACAUUGCGGAUUAGUCUCUCUGACAACUUCCUACCAGAACCUUGUAAGUCCUGUACUGAUUGCAAUGCUCCAGCUCCUGAGAAUCCAGAGAAGAAAUGAUGAGAAGCAUUUACAUUUUUUUUAAAAUUUUUUCUCCCCAACUGAAAGUCCCUUUUAUUCUUCUGUAUCUGAUUUGCACAUCAGAAUAAAUUUUGCCAAAGCUAAACAUGGUAAUAGACUUGUUAGCUUUUUGUCAUAGGCUGAUAGAUUAUGCACAUUUUGUCUCUUUGCUUGGAUUUUCAAUCCCAGGUUGUAGUCUAUGAUGGCUUUGUUAGUUUUUCUGGUCCAUAGAAUUUGUAUGUUAAAAGGAUUCAAGUU